UGCUGCUGGGUCAGGACUUUGAACAAUAGAGGGGCACACGGUCUUUGUCUCUGGACAGGUAUAAAUGAAACUUGUUCAGACUGGCAGAGUAUCAGUUCAAUCACAGUUCCAUCAGAGAUCUGAGAUACCUCUAAAGUCAACAUGGGCAAGAUCAUCUUUUACGAGGAGAGGAACUUCCAGGGUCGCUCUUAUGAGUGCAUGAGCGACUGCCCCGACAUGACCUCCUACCUGAACAGGUGCCAGUCCUGCAGGGUGGAGAGCGGCUGCUUCAUGGUCUACGACCGCCCCAACUUCAUGGGAAACCAGUUCUUCAUGAGGAGGGGCGAGUACGCAGACAACAUGAGCAUGAUGGGAAUGAGCAGUGGUAUCAGGUCCUGCCGUUUGAUCCCCAUGCACAGGGGUCAGUUCAGGAUGAGGAUCUAUGAGAGGGAGAACUUCGGUGGUCAGAUGAACGAGCUGAUGGACGACUGUGACAACAUCCAGGAGCGUUACCGCAUGUCCGAGUGCCAGUCCUGCAGCGUGAUGGACGGCCACUGGCUGAUGUACGAGCAGCCCCACUUCAGAGGCAGGAUGAUGUACCUGAGGCCCGGAGAGUACAGGAGCUUCAGGGAGAUGGGCAUGAGCGGCACCAGGUUCAUGAGCAUGAAGCGCAUCAUGGACAUGUGUUAAUUGUACAUUUCAACUUCAAUAAAUGAUAUUACUUUCUAAA